AUGGCGAAUUCUGCAUCUGGAGAUUGCGUUGAUUUUGAUCGCGAUUGCGAGCGUGUGUUUCCUUCUGGACUUCGUUUCGUUGAUUCGUUUGUGCAACAAUUGGAAAAAAAUGAUGAUAUUAUGUAUUUAGAAGCAGAACAGUCUGAAUUAAAGGAUAAAGAAUUUAAAUCUGAAGAUGAAGCUUUCGAAGCGUAUAAUGAAUAUGCUUUUAGGAAAGGUUUUGGAAUUCGAAUUGGGAAGAGUAAGAGAAGAAGAGAUGAUUCUUUUUUGAUGAAAAGAUUUGUUUGUUGUAAUGAGGGAUUCAAAGAUAAUAAGUGUAAGAAUAAAAGGAUUUAUGAGAAGUUGGAUCAUCGAACUGGUUGUUUAGCUUUUGUGCAGUUUCAUAUUGAUCAUUUAGGGGUCUAUACAUGUACAAGACAUGAAAUGGUUCAUAAUCAUGCUAUGAUUCCUCCUGAAAAAAGGCAUUUGAUAAGGUCUCAAAGAGAUGUGAAUAAAGAGCAGCUUCUUUUCAUUUCAACAAUGAAAUUGAGUGGAGUCAAAGUUACUGAUUCUUUGAGGGUUCUAAAGAAGGAGGUUGGGGGAUCUCCUAAUCUUUGUUUUACUGCUUCUGAUGCUUAUAAUGCAUUGUCAUCUGAAAAAGCUGCCCAAAUUGAAGGAUGUGAUGGUAACCAAUUGAUUAAAUAUUUUGCCAAGAGACAUGUGGAUGAGACAGAUUUUUAUUAUGAUUUUGAACAAGAUGAUAGUGGUGCUUUAGUUAGUUUUUUUUUGGCGUGA